CGCAGAGCCCAGCGGGGUAUAAAGGCCCGGCCGGGCCAGAGUCCGCCAGAGAGGAUGGGGACGACCCUGCUGCUCCUGCUGAGCCUGUGGCUGAGCCUCGCUGCGGCCCUGGAGUUCGACAACCGGGCGGUGAUGCGGGGGGACUACAACAUGGCCAAGGUCUCCGGGGUCUGGCACUCCAUCUCCAUGGCCUCGGACGACCUGAAGCGGAUUGAGGAGGACGGGGACCUGAGGGUCUUCGUACAGACCAUCCAACACUUGAGAAACGGCAGCCUGAGAUUCAAUUUCCUCUUUAAGGUGCAGGGGGAGUGCGUGCCCGUGGACGUGGUCUGCAAGAAGACAGAGAAGAACGGGGAAUACUCCAUUGCCUACGAGGGGGAGAACAAGGUCACCGUCCCCGAGACUGACUACCAGCUGUACGUCACCUUCCGCCUGCAGAAUCUCAGGAACGGGACGGAGACCCAAGUGCUGGCACUCUACGGACGGAUCCCACAGCUGGACCCCUCCUUCCUGAACAGAUUCAAAAACAUCUGCAAAAAAUAUGGACUUAGUUCACAAAACAUCAUCAACAUGACCAAGCAAGACGACUGCUUCUCCAAGUAG